ACAACUCGAUACAUCUAUCGAUACCUUAAAGUGACUUACACUAAGUAUGACCAUAUCUUGGAUGUAUAUUUUGACCGCGGCGAAUUCUGUCAGGCGACGCCAGCUAAAUAAUUUUAAUUAAACCAAAGGAUCGAUAUAGCUAUGGAGGCCAAAUCGGAGGCACCCAUAUCCCCAGCCUCGACGCCGAACGCUACCGCAGUGACUGCAGAGGCAGCCAAGGAGCAAAACUGCACUAACAAUUCGCAAGGCAACUCGGUCCCCGCGGCGGGAACCGGAGCGCCACCAGCCCAGGCAACAGCUUCAGCCCAGCAACCACCCAUCAAGAAGCCGAGCCCCAGCUCGCUACCCACACGCCAGUAUUUGGACCAGACGGUGGCUCCCGUGCUACUCCACGGACUACAGGCUCUCGCGCGGGAACGUCCCACAGACCCUAUUCAAUUCCUGGCCUCCUACUUGCUGAAACACAGCAAUGGAUGUGAGGACAAUGCCCCGGUCACCGAAGGAAACUCCUAGACAUACGUAGCACGUGUCCUUGCCUCUCCCUAUCACCUUCCCGCUACAUUCUUAAGCCAAUAAAAAUCUAUAAAUAAACGUUUAAAAUUAGAUAUAUAUCGCAAA